UCAGUUGUGGAGCCGAGCUCGGACACCGGUGCUGACCCGACCCAUUUAAACGUAAUUAAAAACUGAGGCCUUUUGCAGAGACGGGAUAAAGUCCAGAAAGAUGUGAUGAACGUCGUCACGAGACAAAUGAGGAUAAAGAUGAACGUUUUUUUUACUGUUGGCAGUUUUGUUUGUCUCACUUUUGCUGGAGCCUCCGAGACGGAGCGAAGACUUCAUCAGAAGUUAUUUAAGGACUACAACAUGAAAGUCCGGCCGGCUAAUCACUGGGAGGAGAGGGUGACGGUGCGGGUGGGGAUGACCCUGUCCCAGCUUGUCAGCUUGAAUGAGAAGAACGGAGAGAUGACAACCAACGUCUUCAUGAAUCUGAACUGGACGGACUACAGGUUGUCGUGGACCCCUGCAGAGUACGACGACAUUUCGGUUCUGAGAAUUCCUCCCAAUAAAGUGUGGCGUCCGGACAUCUAUCUCAUAAACAAUAAUGAUGGACAGUUUGACGUGGCUCUGUAUGUCAAUGUCUUGGUGUACAGUAAUGGGAUGGUCACCUGGUUGCCACCAGCCAUUUACCGCAGCUCCUGUUCUAUAGAGGUGGCGUACUUUCCAUUUGACUGGCAGAACUGCAGCAUGGUUUUUCGCUCGUAUACUUAUGACGCCUCCGAGGUUGACCUGGAGUACUACCUGGAUGAGGAUGGGGCAGAGAUCCACGAAAUCGUCAUAGAUGAGAAUGCCUUCACUGAGAACGGAGAGUGGGCUAUCCGUCACAAACCUUCAAGGAAGAACGUUAAGGACGACCUGUACGAGGACAUUACCUUUUAUCUCAUCAUCGAGAGGAAGCCUCUUUUCUACAUAAUCAACAUCAUCGUACCCUGCAUCCUCACCAGCGUCUUGGCUAUAUUUGUCUUUUACCUGCCUCCUGGAGCAGGAGAGAAGAUGACUCUCUCUAUUUCUGUACUAAUCGCCCUCACCGUCUUCAUGCUGCUGCUGGCCGACAAAGUGCCCGAGACGUCUCUCGCCAUCCCGAUUAUCGUCAACUACGUCAUGUUCACUAUGAUCCUGGUCACCUUCUCCGUCAUUCUGAGCGUGGUCGUCCUCAACCUGCACCACCGAACACCCAGCACCCACAUCAUGCCACACUGGGUCAGAAAGGUGUUUAUUCACAUCCUGCCUAAAUACAUCGGCAUGAUGAGACCAAAACCAGAGGAACCGUUGCUGCAGGAUGAGUCCGAUAAGGACGGCUCGCCCGCCCAGAGCUUUGGUGGACACCAACCUGGAGGAGAGUACUUCGUCCGCAAGAUCAACCCCGACCUCGUCUUACCCUGGAGGGGAAGAUGUGAGAGCUCCGUUCACCUCCAGCGCCUCCCGGACUCGGAUCGCUUCUGUCUGAUCCUCCCUCCCAACCUGAAGUCGGCCAUCUCCGCCGUCACCUACAUCACGGAGCAGCUGAAGAAGCAGGACACGGACGACACGAUGACAGCAGACUGGCAGUUCAUCGCCCUGGUGGUGGACCGCCUCUUCCUCUGGUUGUUUGUCAUCAUCACCACCCUGGGAACCCUGGCCGUGUUCCUGGACGCCAGCUUUAAUUACACACCUGACGACCCCUUCCCGUAGAGGACAAUGAGCGGCUGCGGUUGUCGCCUCGCUGACAGCGGCUGAACUUUCCUUAAACGAACUGUUCCACAUUCUGCACCGUGUUGUUAAAAGCAGAUUUACUACGGAGUAAAACAUCAGAAACAAAUGUUUUCAGGUUUACGGAUCAGUUUUUGUAUAAUAAUGUCCAGCUUUUACCUCAAGAUGAGCUGAAAUCUGUUUAGAGACACUGAGUGGAGUUAAGACUUUCAGACAGCAGAGGGCAGUAAAAUACCAUAAAGUUAAUAAAACCA